CUUUUUAGAUGUACAUAAUCCCUGAGUUGACCCAGAAAAUAGGCAGUCGUUUCAAGAUCUGAUGCGGCAGUCUUUGUGCACACCGUCCCUGCUUGAGCAUGAAGCGUAACCCUGUGGAAUACAUACAGUAAUCCGGAGGAGCCUCGCCUUGCAGACCAAAACUGUGAAAUAAGACGGAGCCGCAGCAAAGUCGCGCAACUUUGUGAAACGUAGCGGACACGGACAGGAGGCAUGGCUGACCAUCUGAUGAUGCCCAUGAAUCACAGCUCAGCGGGCGCUAGUCUCCACGGUUACAGGAUGGGCAUGAACGGUGGCCUGCAGGCAGGUCACCAACAGCAUGCCAACCAGCCAGGCAUGCGGACGCUGCCCAAUGGCCAGAUGAUGCAUUAUGGCGGCGCCCAGGCUAACAUGGAGGCGGCCAUGAGGCAGCGGCAAGGCAUGGUGGGAGGACCCAUGAAUGGACAGCUGAAUGGGGCCCAGAUGGGUCACCACCAGAUGACCUCUGGAAACAUGAUUUAUAAUGGCCAGCCGCAGCAACAGCAGCAUCAUCCCCAGCAGCAGCAGCAUCACAUGCAUCCACAGCAGCACCAGCAGCAACAAGCCCAGCACCCGCAGCAGCAGCAGCAACAGUUCAUGAACGGAGGGCUAACAUCCCAGCAGCUCAUGGCCAGCAUGCAACUGCAGAAACUCAACACCCAGUACCACGGACACCCGCUGGGGCCUAUGGGCGGGAACCACAUGGGCCCCACGACCCAGUACCGCAUGAACCCGGCCCAGCUGGCUAACAUGCAGCACAUGGCUGGACCCGCCUUGGCUUUGAAUGGCAUGGACGCGGACAUGAUCGACGAGGAGGUCCUGACCUCCCUGGUUAUGGAGCUGGGCCUGGACCGGGUGCAGGAGCUGCCAGAACUCUUCCUGGGCCAGAAUGAGUUUGACUUCAUCUCGGACUUUGUCAGCAAACAACAGCCCAGCACCGUGAGUUGCUGAGAGGACCCAAUCAAGAACUCUGGAGAAGGGACAUGGACGGAGACAGAAGAGUGAGAAUUGUCCAGGAUCGAUGACAAGUGCUCAACUCUUCACUUUUUAUUUUUUGAGCACCGCCCGGUACAACUAAGCCAAGUUGCAGUGCUGGGUGUGUAAAAGAGACGCUAACUCUGGAUAGCCACAGUGAAUGCACAAUGCUCAAGUCUCGCAUGUGCUAGUGGCCAGAGGGUGGUUGGCCUAAGGCCCAGUUCCACCUCUCCCGUCUCCUGGACAUGAAUGUAAUAAAGUAAUGCUGAAAUUCUCAGAAGCCACUCUGAACAAUGCUAUGACACUGUGUAGCCUCCACACCUGGACUUGGACAUGGCAGUUUAUCAGUAAAAAGGUGCAUUUAUUUAUUGCUGUCUGAGGAAAAAUAAUAUAGAAACGCCAACAGGGAUUCUCCAUUUUGGGAAUCAAGUGGUUUUAAUUUUUUUUUUUCUUUUUUCUUUUCUUUUCUUUUUUUUUGGAGGUGGGGUGGACUGGGGAGAAAUUUGAAAUUAAGUUCUCUGUUCUUGUAUUUUUCCCCAUUCCAUUCUGGCCUGGUAUUAGAAAUAAGCUCAGAUGACAAGGUCGUCUAAGAAGAGCUUGGAUUUUCCUAACACAAAACUGAGACGAGAGAGAAGUACAAUGUUAUCUCAUGCAUUUGAAUGGGAGUCUCAUCCAAAUUUUAAAUGGUUCACUUUUGGAUUUGGAAAAGUGCUGCCUUUUAGAUGUGAUGUUCUCAAAAUCUACUGCUUGUGCUGUAUGAAGCUGUAUAACUCCAGAAAUGUCCACACUGUUGUGUUCUAUUGGAGAUGUAGAACCGCCUUAAUCGCGCAGAUUCUUAUUUAUUGGUUGUUUAUAUUGUCCCCUUUUUUUGUGGUCAAGAUGGGGGGAUGGUCUUUGUGAAAAGGGUUUUGGGGAUCAAUAAAGAUGGCCUGGAUAGAA